GGCGGGCUUUAGGACCCAGCAGCGGAGCAGCUCGGAUGAAGACCUUUAGGCAGCAGUGAUAUUAUGGCAGCGUUUACCUGACGAGCAGAAUUAACCAUUGAACAUAUUGUAACACUGCUGUACACAUGUUGUGUUGCUGGUAGUUGAACUGUGACGGGCUCAGUGAUCGCAGGAAGCUGCGGCUCAUCUCUAGCUGCUGAUGGAGCACAUCCGACUACCAAAGGUGGAGAAUGUCAGGCUGCUGGACAGAGUGUCCCCCAGGAGGAGCAGGGUGGGCACCCUCUACCUCACUGCCACACACACCAUCUUUGUGGAGAACGAGGCUGGAGUGCGCAAUGAAACAUGGGUGCUUCACAGUUUGGUGUGCAGUGCAGAGAAACAAGCCGCCACAUCGUCAGGAUGUUCUCUGCUCAUCCACUGCAAGAACUUCCAGGUUCUUAAUUUCGUCGUCCCGAGAGAGCGGGAGUGUCAUGAUGUGCACCUGUCCCUGCAGCGUCUCUCCCAGCCAGAGCGUUACGAGGAGCUGUACUGCUUCUCCUACAAGCCAAAUGUUGAUGAGCAGGAGAGACGACAGGAAUGGGACUUCUUGGACCUCAAGGCUGAUUACAGCAGAAUGGGACUUCCAAACUCCCUGUGGAAACUCUCCCCUGUCAACCAACACUACAAGGUGAGUGACACGUACCCCGCUGACCUGUUUGUGCCCGAGUCCGCCACACCUCCGGUCAUAGUGGGGAGCUCCAAGUUCAGGAGCAGAGGCAGAUUUCCUACUCUGUCCUACUACUCCAAAGAAAAUCAUGCUACCAUCUGCCGCAGCAGCCAGCCCCUGUCAGGUUUCAGCGCUCGCUGCCUGGAGGAUGAACAGAUGCUGGAGGCCAUCUUGAGGUCCAAUCCCCGCAGCGACUUCAUGUAUGUGGUGGACACCAGGCCCAAGCUGAAUGCGAUCGCAAACCGAGCUGCAGGAAAAGGCUACGAAAACGAAGACAACUACUCCAACAUUAAAUUCCAGUUCAUCGGCAUCGAGAACAUCCACGUCAUGAGAAACAGCCAGCAGAAAAUGCUGGAAGUGUGUGAGCUGCGUUCCCCCUCCAUGUCUGACUUCCUGGAAGGUCUGGAGAGCUCAGGCUGGCUGAAGCACAUCAAAGCUGUUUUGGAUGCAGGCAUCUUCAUCGCUAAGGCUGUUGCAGAGGAGGGUGUCAGUGUCCUGGUUCACUGUUCAGAUGGUUGGGACCGCACCGCCCAGGUGUGUUCGGUGGCCUGUGUACUGCUGGAUCCAUACUACAGGACCCUCAGAGGAUUCAUGGUUCUCAUUGAGAAAGACUGGGUCUCAUUUGGACACAAGUUCUCUCACAGAUGCAACCACCUGGUGGGAGACCCUAAAGAGGUCUCUCCAGUCAUCGAUCAGUUCCUGGAGUGCGUGUGGCAGCUCAUGGUGCAGUUCCCCUGUGCCUUUGAGUUCAAUGCGAGGUUCCUCAUCACCAUUCACAGCCACAUCUACUCCUGCCAGUACGGCAACUUCAUUGGCAACAACCAGCGGGAGAGGAUAGAGCUGGGAUUGCAAGAGAGGACUCAUUCUUUGUGGAGUUAUCUAUGGAAGAACAAGACAGACUACAUCAACCCUCUGUACCGACCAAACCACAGCCAGACCCAGGGGCUCCUCCGGCCGUCUACUGCCCCCUACUGCUUUAGGUUUUGGAGAGGGCUGUACAACCGCUUUGACCGAGGGAUGCAUCCUCGACAGUCUGUGGAGGAUUAUCUGAACGCCAUCCAAGAGGAGACGCAGCAGCUGGAGGAGCAGCUGGCUUCACACAAACAGAAAAUUGCCCAACUGGCGCAGGAGCAAGAGCAGGAGCAGGAGCAGGAGUGGGAUGUUUCCCAGAAAGCCUUUGAUAAGAGCCCCACAGCGUGGGCUCUGGGCAAAGACCUCGGCCUGGCAAACACCCCUCAGGACUACACCGGGGGCUUCAUCACCAGCAGCCCCUGUCAGCCUAAAGCCCCAGACAGCAGCCUGAUCCUCCUGACCCAGGACCCCAACCAAACGAUUGAAUUCAACCUGUCCAACGGCAGCGACCAGGAGUCUGGGAUCGCAGACGUGAGCUGUCGGUCCCCUCUCAGCGAGGACAGCACCAGGGAUCCAGACUCUGACGAGGCUGCCUACUGCCUGAGCUAAUGUAGCAUCUGAUGGAAGGUGUAGCAACGACCAGCCGUCCACUGUGCCACUGAACAAACACUACCGUACCUGUACAGUCACCAUGUAACCCAGCUUACUGUUAUUCCGGUUACAUGAGUGACUUGCACUUUUGUUUGCAUGUAGUGUGGUGGAUUCUCCCUGUGGCCACAUGCAUACUAGUUGAUAGUUGUCUACUGUAGCUGAACACAUUUUACUUCUUGCUUACCCCAGUGAAGAUUCUUAGCAGAGCUGGAUAUUGCUUACUGUCAUGUCUGUUGUUGACGGCAGAGUUAACCUAUUAAAGUGUACACACAGAAACGUAACACAGUAGACAAUUACAGGUUUAAAACUGGAGAUAUUGAAACCAAGGUUAGACAAAAACUAUUUUACCAGACUUAAAGGGAUAGUUCAUUUUUAUCCAGUCAGUGUAUUUCCUACAGUAGAUGGCAGUCAGUUUGCUCCCAGUUUGGAGAAUCAGGCAGAAGUACUGGCAUGGAAGCUAAGCUACAGUCAUGGAAAAAAUGAUUAGACUACUCUUAUUUUUUUCAAUUUCUUGUUCAUUUUAAUGCUUGGUACAACUAAAGGUACAUUUGUUUGGACAAAUAUAAUGAUAACAACAAAAAUAGCUCAUAAGAGUUUAAUUUAAGAGCUGAUAUCUAGACAUUUUCCAUGGUUUUCUGGAUAAUGAUUUUGGUUAUUAUUACAAGAAAUUGAAGAAAAUUAUAAUAAGAAAUUAUUUCCAUGACUGUAUGUACUGCUGUGGAACGGGGCAGCAGACAAAUGUAUUUGAGCCACCUUAAAAAAAUGUAUAUCAUUUUUAGUGUAUGCUAUAUUUAAAAUAGUUCCACUGCUUUACCUUGUUGCCAGAGAAUUUAAAUUUACAUG